AUGAGUAAAUCUCCUUUACGAACUCAAUCUCAUUCAGUUGCAACUUUUAUACCAGAUGAUCAAAAAUAUUCUACAUCUAAAUACAACAAUAGUAUUCAUCCAACUAUCUAACCUUAAAUCUAUAAUCAAUUUGAAGAAUUAAAAAUAUUCAAAUAAAAAUGUUAUGAAUAAGAUAAGAUUAUUCAAAAUCAAUAGUUAUAAAUUAAUGAAAUGAAGUACUAAUAUAUUAUUUUAAUAUAGGCAAUUUAUUUCAGAUUGUCAAAUCAGUUUGAUUCAUUUUAAAUAAUAAUUAGAAGAAUAAUUGUCUAUUAAGGAAAACUAUGAUAAAGAACUCAGAUAACUUAAUCAAUUAGUCUCUUCCUUAAAAUCAGAGAAUUAACAAUUAAUUUUGUUAUAUAAUGAUAAAAAAUAAGAAUUAGAGGAGCUCACUUCUAAUAAUUAACUUAUUAUUAAUGACUUUAACAAAUAAUUUGAAAAUACAUUGAAGGCUCGUAUUGAAAACGAUAUCAAAGAGAUCCACAAUAAAUACCUAAGGGUAUGAGUCUUAGUCAAGCCUAUAGGAAAUCCAACUGUUAAAGGCAAAAAUCUUUGAAUAAGAAAAAGUAGUUCAAAAUUAAGAAGUCAUUCGAUUAUUACAAAAAAAAUGUGAGGAAUUAUUGCAAGGCAUUGAUUAAAAAAAUAAUUAUAUAGAUGAUUUACUUAUCAAAUAUGGAGAAUUAGAUGAAAGAUACGAAAAUCUAAAAAGGCAAAUGUCAUAAAAACUGUAUGAAGAAGAAAUCUUAGAUGAUUCACAGAAAUUUAAAAUAAAAAAAAAUUGA